CCGUGUCCCGAUAUUUGACCUGGAUGAUCUGGUCACCCUAGGUGGCUGCCUGGGGAGGUAAUGAACUAACUGGGUUUCUUCCCAGCAUGGCAGAGUCAUAGAAUCAUAGCGUCUGUCUGCAGGGAGAGAGCCUGGGGGGAAUUGGGGAAUGAUAUGGAUUCCAGCCCCUUCUGUAACCUCCCCCAUCGCCCCUCUUGCCCUGACAGGCUGAGGAAUCGCGUCCACAUUUCGCUCCAGAUCGGCCCAUCUUCCAGGAGACAGGGAAGGGAAAUGUCUGUGAUGGAGCCACCUCAGAUGCCGGUGACCUUCGAGGAUGUGGCUGUAUAUUUCACCCAAGGGCAGGGGGCUCUGCUGGACCCCGCUCAGAGAGCCCUCUACAGGGAUGUCAUGUGGGAGAACUACAAGACGGUGACCUCGCUGGGAUUCCCCCUUCCCAAACCUGACCUGAUCACCCGGCUGGAACAAGGGGAAGAGCCAUGGGUGCCCAAUCUCCAGGCCUGCGAGGAAAGAGAGAUCCCGAGAGGCGCCCACACAGCAGGUGACGAGAGAGUGAGUGAGAACAAGGAGGGGAAUCAACAAAAGGAAGUUCCUGGGCACGGGGAAUUAAAGGGGACCUCCAUGGGAAGACCCCAUAAGUGCUUAGACUGUGGAAAAAGGUUCAUACGGAGAUCACACCUUGUUUUACAUCAGCGAAUCCACACAGGGGAGAGACCCCACAAGUGCUUAAUCUGUGGGAAAAGUUUCAUACAGAGGUCAACCCUACUUAAUCAUCAGGCAAUCCACACUGGAGAGAGACCUCAUAAGUGCUCAGACUGUGGAAAAAGUUUCACACAAAGAUCAAAUCUUAUGGCACAUCAGGCAAUCCACACAAGAGAGAGACCCCACAAGUGCUUAGACUGUGGAAAAAGUUUCAUACAGAGGUCACACCUUGUUGUACAUCAGGCAAUCCACACAAGAGAAAGACCCCACAAGUGCUUAGACUGUGGAAAAAGUUUCAUACAGAGGUCACACCUUGUUGUACAUCAGGCAAUCCACACAAGAGAGAGACCCCACAAGUGCUUAGACUGUGGAAAAAGUUUCAUACGGAGAUCACACCUUGUUUUACAUCAGCGAAUCCACACAGGAGAGAGACCCCAAAAGUGCUUAAUCUGUGGGAAAGGUUUCAUACAGAGGUCAGACCUUGUUAAACAUGAAGCAGUCCACACUGGAAAGAGACCCCAUAAGUGCUUAGACUGUGGAAAAAGUUUCAUACAAAGGUCAACCCUACUUAAUCAUCAGGCAAUCCACACUGGAGAGAGACCUCAUAAGUGCUUAGACUGUGGAAAAAGUUUCAUAGAGAGGUCAACCCUAUUUAAUUAUCAGGCAAUCCACACUGGAGAGAGACCGCAUAAGUGCUUAGACUGUAGAAAAAGUUUCAUAGAGAGGUUAACCCUACUUAAUCAUCAGGCAAUCCACACUGGAGAGAGACCCCACAAGUGCUUAGACUGUGGAAAAGGUUUCAUAAAGAGGUCACACCUUGUUGUACAUCAGGCAAUCCACACAAGAGAGAGACCCCAUAAGUGCUUAGACUGUGGAAAAAGUUUCAUACAGAGGUCACACCUUGUUGUACAUCAGGCAAUCCACACAGGAGAGAGACCCCACAAGUGCUUAGACUGUGGAAAAAGUUUCAUACAGAGGACACACCUUGUUGUACAUCAGGCAAUCCACACUGGAGAGAGACCCCAUAAGUGCUUAGACUGUGGGAAAAGUUUCAUACGGAGGUCAGCCCUACUUAAUCAUCAGGCAAUCCACACUGGUGAGAGACCCCAUAAGUGCUUAAUGUGUGGGAAAAGUUUCAAACAGAGGUCAGAUCUUCUUAUACAUCAAGCAGUGCACACUGGAGAGAGACCUCAUAAGUGCUUAGACUGUGGAAAAAGUUUCAUACGGAGAUCAACCCUACUUAAUCAUCAGGCAAUCCACACUGGUGAGAGACCUCAUAAGUGCUUAAUGUGUGGGAAAAGUUUCAUACGGAGGUCAACCCUACUUAAUCAUCAGGCAAUCCACACAGGAGAGAGACCCCACAAGUGCUUAGACUGUGGAAAAAGUUUCAUACAGAGGACACACCUUGUUGUACAUCAGGCAAUCCACACUGGAGAGAGACCCCAUAAGUGCUUAGACUGUGGAAAAAGUUUCACACAGAGGUCACACCUUGUUAGACAUCAGGCAAUCCAUACAAGAGAGAGACAAUAAGACAAUAAAACUCUGGGAAAGGUUUCAGAAACAGAUCAGCCCUUCUAAACAUGAGGCAAUCCACACACAGGAGAGAGACCCCACAAGUGCUUGGACUGUGGGAAAAGUUUCAUAAGAAGGUCAGACCUUGUUAAACAUCAGGCAUUACACACAGGAGAAAGACCCCACAAGUGCUUAGACUGUGGAAAAAGUUUCAUACGGAAGUCAACCCUACUUGAUCAUCAGGCAAUCCACACUGGAGAGAGACCCCAUAAGUGCUUAAUCUGUGGGAAAAUUUUCAUAUGGAGGUUAGACCUUGUUAAACAUCAGGCAAUCCACACAGGAGAGAGACCCCACAAGUGGUUAGACUGUGGAAAAGGUUUCAAACAGAGGUCAAACCUUCUUAAACAUCAGGCAAUCCACACUGGAGAGAGACCCCAUCAGUGUUUAGACUGUGGAAAAAGUUUCAUUUACAGGUCACACCUUGUUGAACAUCAGCUAAUCCACACAGGAAAGAGAUCCCAUAAGUGCUUAGGCUGUAGUGAAAGUUUCAUAUAGAGCUCAGCCCAUGUUUUACAUCAGAGAAUCCACACAGGAUACCCCAUAAGUGCUUGGACUAUGGAGAAUGUUUCAUACUGUGGUCAAGGCUCCUUAAUUAUCAGGCAAUCCACAAAAGAGGGAGACUCCAUAAGUGCUUGGACCGUGGGAAAGGUUUCAGAAACACCUCAGCCCUUCAGAAUAUCAGCCAAUCCACACAGGAGAGAGUUCCCAUAACUGCUUAGACUGUGAGAAAAGUUUCAUACAGCGGUCAGACCUUGUUAAACAUCAGGCUAUCCACACUGAAGAGAGACCCCAUGAGUGCUUAGAUUGUGGGAAACAUUUCAGAAACUGAUCAGUCCUUGUUUUACAUCAGAGAAUCCACAAGACUCCAUAAGUGCUUGGACUGAGUAAAAGUUGUACACAGAGAUCACACUUCAUUAAACAUUGGCGAAUUCACACAUGAUCUAAACUUCUGUGGCACCUGGCCCGAAAGAGUUAAGAACCUUGCAGGCUAAUUGACCCACUUUCAACCUUUAGAGACAUGUUAGAAAAGUGUGUAAAUGGUAUUUGGGGCCAUUCCAAGUAAUAUAGACUAGAACUUUGAAAUGUAACCUGGUAUUGUUAAGAAAUUGGAAGAAGAUAGUAGUGCUGUUAAUUAAUUGCAAUUAAUUCAUCGUAGUUAGAAAAAUUAAUCUCGAUGAAUCACAUUGUUAAACAAUAGAAUAGCAUUUGAAAUUUGUUUAAUGUUUCUGGAUGUUUUUCUACGUUUUCAUAUAUAUUGAUUUCCAUCACAACAAAGAAG